UUCGAACUUGUUAGCCGUUUGUCCCGCAAACCUUUUUACGGAGAGAAAUAUCUGAUAAGCCUCCAAAUCUUCGGAUCUAAUUUGCUGUUGCUUCGAUUCUCUAUCUUUUCCGCAAUCUUAAUAAUUUGAUCGUAUUCGAGGGUCUUAUCAAAGUUUUAAGAUAGUUCAAGUGCAUACCUCAUUGAGUGCUCGAGGUGUUAGGGUCGAGCCGCCCUUAUUAUCGUGCUGAAUUAUCUAUAAAUUACAUUCUAUUCCUUCUUGCGUCUCACCACCAUGGCCGCGACUUCUGCUGAAUAUGUGCCCACUCAGCUCGUGGAAGAGGAUGCUGAUGAUUAUGGACCACAGUCUAUUACCAAACUUGAGGGUCAAGGCAUUAGUGCCUCAGACAUCAAGAAAUUGCAGGAAGCUGGUUAUCACACCGUUGAGUUAGUUGCUUUUGCCCCAAAGAAGAGUCUAAUCAGUAUCAAAGGCAUAAGUGAAGCGAAAGCUGAUAAAAUUCUGGCUGAAGCAUCAAAACUUGUUCCCAUGGGAUUUACAACUGCUACGGAAUUUCAUCAAAAACGUUCGGAGAUCAUUCAGCUGACAACUGGCUCCAAGGAACUAGACCGGCUUCUCGGUGGUGGAAUUGAAACUGGAUCCAUCACAGAAAUUUUUGGGGAGUUCCGAACUGGGAAAACUCAGAUUUGUCACACUUUAGCUGUCACAUGCCAGUUGCCUAUCGACCAGAAUGGAGGUGAAGGAAAAUGCUUGUAUAUUGACACUGAAGGCACUUUCAGACCUGAGCGUCUGGUCGCUGUUGCAGAGAGGUACAAUUUGGUCCCAGCAGAUGUCCUUGAUAAUGUUGCCUAUGCUCGAGCGUACAACUCAGAUCAUCAGACUGAUUUAUUGAACUAUGCGUCUGCCAUGAUGAAUGAAUCAAGGUAUGCUUUACUGAUCGUUGAUAGUGCUAUGGCCUUAUAUCGAACCGACUACUCAGGAAGAGGAGAACUCUCUGCCAGACAAAUGCACCUUGCCAGAUUCCUCCGAGCUUUGAUGCGCCUAGCUGAUGGGUUUGGUGUGGCUGUUGUUAUAACAAAUCAAGUUGUAGCUCAAGUCGAUGGUGCUUCUCUUUUUGCUGCCGAUCCAAAGAAACCAGUAGGAGGCAACAUAAUGGCUCAUGCUUCCACCACUAGGUUAUACUUGAGAAAAGGGCGAGGUGAAACAAGAAUUUGCAAGAUUUAUGACUCUCCCUGUCUACCAGAAUCUGAAUGCAUGUUUGCAAUUAAUAAUGAUGGUAUCGGAGACGCAAAAGAGUGAGAAUAAAAAUUUCUGUGGAUAUUAUUUGAGGGAUUUAGAAUAGCUUGCUCAAAAACGGUAAAUAGGUAGUAGGUCCUGUCAAUUUAAGAGUGUCAGCUGUUGCCCAGUUACUGCUUUUCACGGACUCUCUGGUGCAAAGAGGAUUCAAAAUCCAUCCUUUCGAAGGAAAGUAUCCGGUUUAGGAGAUAAAAAGACUUACGAUUUUAACACGCAUCAGACACUACGGAGCUUCCAAACUAUUCCUAGUAGGUCAUUACUUUUGGAAUGUCUUUUGGUUUCAAUAAGGUUCCUAGAAUUUUCUGAAGAAUUAAUCCAUAAGUGCUGAGACCAAGAAAUUGACCAAAAAAGAAACUCAAAUUCCAAAAAGAACUUCAAAUUCCAUUUGAAUUCUUACACAUGAUGUCCCGUUUUGAACCUUUCUUUCCUAAAUAAUGUAACCAUUUAUUGGUUCUAUUGAUCAAUAUAAAUUAGAAGAAUUUGAUAAUAUCACAAGCCAAUGUGGUAUGACAUCGUAAUUUUAAUGUGUAUAGAGUUCAGACACAUGAUUUGAAAUGUCGGUGCUUUAAAAAAUCUAUUGUUUUAUGUCAUCAGUACUUACUACAAUUCUUCAUUAAUCCAUGGAAACCCUGCUCUUAAAUGUAACUGUUCUGAAAUCCUACUCAAGUAUGAUCCAAAGUCACAUCUUCUACCUUACAUCUUUUACCUUCUUCUUCUGUAUCUGUCAGAAAAUAUCAUCAUUCUAUGUACUUUUGUUCAUCUUCAAGUUGGCUUCGCCAAGAAAACGAAUGAAGUCUAAUUUAAACUCUCCUUCUGCUUCUCUAGAGUUACCAUUUUUGCUCCUGGAGGUCCAAGUGGAGCUUCUAAGACUUUUCAGAGCAAUUAUCUCUAAGAUAAAAAAUUACAAUUAUGUUACUAAAACGAAAUGGAUUUGUUAGAGAUCUUGUCAAUUGACUUUAGAGGUUUCUCAGGUAUCCUUAUUCUCGCAUAUCUCUGAGAUACUCAGCUUAAAUACUUUUUCGAGUUGUAAAUUUAGCAUUAUACAGCUUUGGUACUAUUAUUUGUGCCGUCUUGUAUCUCAUUCUGCAAUUAUAGGUAACUGAAUUUUUUACAAUUCUCAAGUUUAAAUUGUGGCAACUUUUGCUCAAACUAUUUUGCUUAUGUUAGGUAAUUUUUUCUUUGAUUCUCAAAUUCAUUGAUUUAUUGGUGACAUUCAAUUCUGUCUUGACACAAAUUACACCCUCAAAGAACUGCAGAGCAAUGAAGAAGGGAGCAAGAAAGGUUGACAAAAGUCAGUCACAACAUGAACUCAAUUUGUGAAGAAGAAAUGAAUACAAGAUUGUGAAAUAGAUGCAUAAAUUUGUGUUCGUACUAUUCAGUCCUUUCUGAGGAAUAUUUGCCUGUUGUAGUGCAGUGCUUACUUACGUUAAUAAGGGAUCUAUUGAUGUGACUGUAAUUUAAUAUUCUCUGAUUUGGUGGAAUUAAUAUUGGUGAUCUAUGGCCUAAGUCAAUAAUACCCCCGAUUAGCAUUGAAAUUUUUCUCUUUACAAAAAGCAGAUUGUUUUCUCUGUGACACAGCGUCAGAAAUUGAAGUAUCCAAAUGUCUACAUACAUUCGAAUUUUAGUUGUGGACUUGAUUUAAUUCCAUACCCAGAUUUAUUUAUCUUUUUGUGGGGAAUUAACUCAUUAAGUACUUGCUAGAUCUCAAUUUAAUUUGAAACCUACUUGUAACUGAAUUUUUUCAUUUUGACGCAAGGAAAUCUGCUUUCAAUAAACAAGAACUACACAUCGAGAAGAAUCAUAUUUGUUAUUUUUUAAAAGAAAUAUUCUUCCUAUGGUGUAUCCUCAAUAGAGUUAUUGUUCAAUGUAUCACUGUGAUGACUGCAAUUCACAUCAGAGAAUGUUGGCUCCCUGUAAAAUUAUUUUCUAAGAUAUUAUUUUGACUGUCUAAAAGUCAUUGUCAACACUUCAAAUGUAUUUUUUUAAACAGUUUUCUUAUUUAUGUUGUACAUAUUGUCUUUCAGAGUAAACAUACCUCUCAUGUAAUUGAA